AAAACAACAUUAUUUAUGAAAUUAACAAGAUCUCAUUGGUGCCCACAGUCCCUACAUGAGGGAGGCUUGAGUGACAGGAGAAUUCUGAUUGGUCCUGUUUGUUCUGUAUAUAGUGAUGUCAUCUACCACACAGAACUCACCUCUCUGUUUUACACCAUAGACUCAGGACCAGAGUAUUUACAACGUGAGACCCAGGAGGACAAGCUGAAGAGGGAGGCAUCAGCUGGUCAGCUUGAGUUGAAGAUGGAAAAAGAAUUAAAAGAGAAAUUAAGACAGGAGAUGAUGAAACAACUAGAGGAGAAACUGGUUGAUAUGACCCAAGAAGUGAAAGAGAAAGACACACAACUGGAUGAUAUGACCCAAGAAGUGAGAGAGAAAGAGAGACUCCUGGAGGAGAAGAACCAGAUAAUGGAACAGAGGGAGAAACUAUUAGAAGAGAAAGAAAACCAACUGGAAGAGAUAGACAAGCAACUAAAGGAAAGAGACAUUCAACUAGAGGCUCUGAGAAAGAACCUGCAGGACAAGAACAGCCAAGUAGAGAACUUCAGAGUCCUACUGCAGGAAAAAGACCUUCAACUAGAGGACAGAAACCACAAGGACAGACUACUGGAAGAGAGAGACAGACGACUGGAAGAGAAAGAGGACCAACUAAAGGAAAAAGACCUUCAACUUGAAGACAGGAACCACAGACUGGGAGAGAAGGACAGACUACUGGAAGAGAAAGACAAACAACUGGAAGAGAGAGACAGACGACUGGACGAGAGCGACAAACUACUGGAGGGAAAAGAAAAUGAACUGAAAGAGAGGAGACAGGAAGUAGAAGAGAGGAGACAGGAAGUAGAAGAGAGGAGACAGGAAGUAGAAGAGAGGAGACAGGAAGUAGAAGAGAAAGACAACCUACUAGAGGAGAGAGAGAACCAGUUAAAGGAGAGAGACAAACAAGUGGAGGAUGUCAACAAUGAAAAUGCUGAACUGGCUCAACAGAUAUGUGAUGUGAAGACUGAGGUAGAGAGACUGAGAAGAGAGAUCUCAGCCCAGAUGACUGAACAUGGAGAGAUGGCAGAUACAGGUUCCAUACUCCCAGUCAGGAGGAGAAACAGCCUGGAGGAUCCUCCACUUAUGGGAGGAGAGACCUCAGAUACAGACCCUACACUUCCACUGAGGAGGAGAAACAGCAUGGAGUUAAAUCCUCCAUCUAUGGGAGGAGAGAGCAGCACUCCAGACUCCCCAGUGUCUCCCAGUGUGUCUGAGCUGAGACUGGUGCUGCUGGGGAGGACUGGGGCUGGGAGGAGUGCAGCAGGAAACACCAUCCUGGGCAGAGAGGAGUUUGGGGCCCAGGCCAGCCCCUCUGCAGUGACCCAGAGGAGUAAGAGGAGAGAGGGGGACGUGUGUGGGAGACGGCUGGUGCUGGUGGACACUCCAGACUGGUUCUGUCCUGGACUCUCUCUGGAGGAGAUGAGACAGGAUGUGGGGCUCUGUGUCCGUCUGUCUGCCCCGGGACCCCACGCCUUCCUCCUGGUCAUACCAGUGGAGCCCUCUAAGGGGGAGGAGAGAGGGGUGCUGGAGAGAAUAGAGGAGAUGUUUGGGGAGGGUUGUUGGGAACACACUGUGAUUCUAUUCACCCAUGAUGAUGGACUGAAAGAGCAGAGCAUUGAGGAGUUUCUCCAAGCAGGAAGUCAGGACCUCCAGCAGCUUGUAGAGAAAAGUGGGAGCAGGUACCACGUCCUCAACAUUAAGGACAGGGCCCAUGGCACUCAGGUAUCAGAGCUGCUGGAUCAGGUAGAGGAGAUGGUGGCAGGAAACAGAGAGAGAUUCUACAGCAGUCAGACCUACCAGGAGGCAGAGGACCAGGUUAGAGAGAUGGAGGGAAAGAUCCAGAGAGAGAAAGGAGAGAGGAAACAGAGGGAGGAGAGAGACUUGAGAGAGAGGCUUCAGAAGGAGUUGCAGGACUCUCUGAUAAAGAUAGAGGGAGUGAUCCAGGAACAUGAGGGAGAUAUCAGAACACUCAGUGAAAGAACCAGUGAACUGGAGAGACAGGUGAAAGAAGAGAGGGAUGAGGAGAAGAAAAGAGAGCUGGAGAGGGAGCUGAAGAGGGAGUCUGAUAGGAGGGAGGAGAUGGAGAGAAAGCUGGAGAGAUUUAGAGAGAAGAGAGAGAAUGAGAGGAAGGAGAUGGAGGAGAGACACAGACAGGAGAUGGAGAACUAUGAAGGAGAAGCCAGAGUUGAAGCAGAGAGAAACCUGAUGAAGAUUGUCCUGCCUGAGUUACAGAGGAACAUCAUGAUCUCACAGACAAAGAUGCAGAGGGAGUUCAGCAGACAGAUGGAGGAGAAGGAUAGAGAGAUGACGGAGAAGGAUAGAGAGAUGGAGGAGAAGGAUAGAGAGAUGGAGGAGAAGGAUAGAGUGAUUGUGGAAAGGGAUGGAGAGAUAGAGGAACUGAUAGAAAGACUGUGGGAAAUGUGUAAAUGAGUUAUUGUAACUCGCCUGAAGAAGUGCUGGGAUACAUGGAGAGGUAGAAGAAGGGAGAGGAAGAAGACAGGGAGAACUGAUGAAGAUCUGAGGAAUGUUUGGGCAGAUGUAACCUAGUUCACCAUUUCACUGAAUUGGCCUGACAACGAGGUUAGAGAUGAGAUGACUUUUUCAUGGAGGGAUUUGAGAAGCUGGAGAUAAUAACAUGAUAUUUAUCUGACAAUGUAAGGCCAACCUGAUAGUCUGUCCUGUGAUGAGUGUCAUGGUGGGAUAACAGGUCAGACUACUGAUCCUGUCUCGGUCCAAAUCUGUACUUCUGCCCCUGAGCAAGGCACUUAACCGAAUGAUCUCCGGGCGCCCCCUCCGGAUGUCGAUUAUGGCAGCCCCCCCCCCAGAGGGGUCAGGUUAAAUGCAGACACAUGGGGGGGUCAGGAGGUGGGGGGUCAGGAGGUCAGCGGGCGGAGUCAGAGACUGAGAACUCUAAAGAUCUGAGUGAGACUUUUACUCAGUGUUUGAGGAGGUCUACUAUUGAACAGAGAACCAUACUGUAUCUACCACACACUACUUCCUGUUCUUAUUCAAAUUGUUUCAUGUUGAAACUAAAUGUACACUGAGUGCACAAAACAUUAAGAACACCUUCCUAAAGUUGAGUUACUAUCUAUCCCAAUGGAACUCUGAUACCACAUGAGACUGACAUUGUUGAAAUAAAGAAAUGUCACUUUGUAAGA